GCUUGGGAACGAGAAGGAGCACGGUAUCUGUGACGUCUACACAAAUGUUUUCUUUCGCCGUGCCCGCCAUAGCUGAGCAAACGGACGGGGAACAUUCUGGAUAAAAUGUCAUGAAAGUAGCCCGAAGGAACGUGACAGGCGAACAAUUAAGCACCACUGCAUGCCUUAAAGUCCUGCCUAAGCUGGGAGAAGUUCGUAGAAGUCGUUGCGUUGGAAAAGAGGAGAGCCCCGGCAUUUGUGAAGUUUGAUUUUGACGUGCAGUGCUUUGCAUAGCAUGACGUUCUGACCAGCGCAACUGUUGGCUGUGAAAGAAUUUUGGCAAGUUUGCUGCUCUGCUACAGGCUACAUGCAUCAUCAGGUGGUGAAUGCCAGCUCGCAGAAGAUUCUAGAACAUUCUGGACAAGCUAACAGAACUCUCUGAGUGAGACCAGCUGCGUAUGCGUACUCUACCCUAUGCAGAGAGUCUUGCUUGCACUCAGGGCUUGUUGUGCAGACGACAUCUCGGUUAGUCGAUCGAUGGAAAAGUUCAGUUCAAAGUCGACUUGUGUUUGGCAGAGCUAGAGAUUUGUUUGGAGCUACAGUCCAGAACUUUCUACUAGCAGAUUUGAGGCAUUUGGUUUUGUGACACUGUCAUAGCUAUUAUAGAGUAGAGUCCUUACAUCUGUGACAUUACAUAAAUCUGUGUAGUGUAUAACAGUUAAUACUGCAUGGUACGACCUGGUAGUCUUGAUGGACGAAGUGUGUACAGGUUCUUGUGUUUUCUGUUCUCCUAUGCCCUGUACACCUUCCUUGUGAUCGCUGCGAUAGUAUGCAUGCUGGCGUAUGACGUCCUGCGUCGCUAUGUCGGCAGAGAAAACCUGCUAAGAGUGCUCGCUUCUGGUCUGAACGAAGAUCUCGAAACCCGGCAAACUGUACGCGGUGGUGGGGAGGCCGUCAUCAGACCCACACGGCAAAACAGAAACAGAUCGAGAGAAGAGACUACCCCAGUAUCCGACGUGGAUAUUGGAACAGGAAGUCUGAACGACAGUUUAGCAGACGACGGACAAAACGUCACCAGAAGAAAAGGCAGUGGAAGUAAAGCUGAGGAAGAGAGUAGCAACACAACCAGCGCAAACUACAAGGACAUCAGGUACCUCGGGAUUGAACUUGGUACGUCAGAGGAUCACACAACUGUAGAUAAGACAGAAGACUGCUCUACCAGAGACGUUAAAGAGUCUACAGAAGUCACCAACAGUAUGGCAGCAGCUACCCUGUUCUGUUGGGGUGCGGCCAGGAAUGGGGAGUUGGGGCUGGGAGGUAUCGAGGAAGACGUCAUCUUAGCACCGAAGGAGCAACCGUUCGCAGUAACCAAGACACUGAGGGAGGUGAGCUGUGGACGGCAGCAUACAGUGUUUGUGUUGGCAGAGGGAACCGUGUAUACUUGUGGCUCCAACGACUACGGACAACUGGGCCAGGACAAGGGGCACAAGAGGCCAACUGUGAUCACAGCCCUGGAUACCCAGAGUAUACAACAGGUGUCGUGUGGAGACUACCAUAACAUGGUGGUCAACGACAAGCACCAGGUCUUCUCCUGGGGGUUCGACGACUGUGGACAGCUCGGACAAACAGAGAGCAACAACUCAAGAAGGCCCAGGGGAGAAAGUGAUGAUGACCCUGACCUAGAGGUCAAACAUAGUUCUGAACCCAGGAUGGUGAAAGAGUUGUCAAGUUUACAGAUUGUGCAGGUAGCCUGUGGUGGCAAACACUCCCUAGCUUUGGCCAAUGAUGGGCGGAUCUUUUCGUGGGGAAACAACUCCCAUGGUCAGUUGGGGAUCGGCUCGACCCAGAACCAGUCCAAACCCCAGGAGCUGACCACAGUGACCGGCAUCCCGUUCUGCCAGAUUGUGGCAGGGGGCGCUCAUAGCUUUGUCCUGUCCAAGUCUGGGGCUGUGUUUGGGUUUGGCAGGAACACAUUUGGACAGCUUGGUCUUGGGGACACAAAAGAUCGACAGUACCCAACACAUGUUAAAUCCUUGCGCUCCCUGAAAGUCGCCCAUAUUGCGUGCGGAGAGGAGCACACGGCAGUUUUGACUCUAGAUGGUGGUGUCCUGACAUUUGGGGCAGGCAGCUAUGGUCAGCUGGGCCACAACAGUAACAACCAUGAAGCCCUACCCAGGAAAGUGUUUGAACUGAUGGGAUUAGAGGUUACACAGCUGGCAUGUGGAAGAAUGCAUACCAUGGCUUAUGUUGAAUCAUCAGGGAGAAUCUAUUCCUUUGGGCUUGGUGGGAACGGGCAGCUUGGUAGCAGCGGUACGACAAACUGUAACAGUCCUACUACUGUGGAGGGGCCAUUUGUACCAUUUGCAGGGAACUGUGGCCCUGAAGAAGAGCAGUGUUAUGUUGUACAGACCAUCACUGCAGGUGGAGAUCAGACCUUUGCCUUAGCCUGCAAACUCCAGGGUACUCCCAAACCGUUGGACUUCAGAGAAGCCCCCCAGCAUAGACAGAUCCUCAGCCUUAGUAAUGACGUCAUCAACACGUGGUCCCAGAUCCCGCCUGGUGCAAAACUGUCACCUGAUGUCUCCAGGGACAUCCACAGGCUCUUCUCUUCUGCUGCAUGUUUGAAUGGAUCCUUUCUGCAUAGCAACCAUUUCUACUGUAGCUCAAGGAAUCCAGGUGUGGACGUCGGGGAAGCAAGAGCAGCGUUCUACAGACUAGGACAAACUGUCAACAAAGAUGUCUUGCAGACGAUAUAUAAAAGUAUGACAGAAACCCUGCUGAAGUCGUUACCCCAGUCCCCACCAGACACAGAAGCCCUCAGACUCUACCUCCUGCUGCCUCUCAUGCAUUUCUUCGACCAGGGCACCUGUGCCGAGUACGUCCAAGUCCCGGGGCAUCUAGGCUGCCGUUUGACUAAACUGGAGGGGGCUGCAAAGAAAAUUAUAGACAUCUGGUUGAGUCACGAGUCUUGCCGUGAUCUGUACCAUCGGCUGCUGAAUGCUUACAAGAACAUAGCCGUCAUGGUCAUCACCAAACUAAGGACUGUGGACACUGUACAGGCUGUGGAGCUCCAGGGUGACCUGAAUUACUCCUUGAGGGUGUUGGAAACACUGAAUAGGGUGAACAGCAGGCAUGACAUGGUCCCGUACGAGCAGUUCUACAUCAGCGAGAUUAACGGCACGGUGGACAUCAAGCGAGACUAUCUGAUGUGGCUGCAGCAGACUCGAGGCUACAAUAACCUGCCGGUAUUGCAUGGACUGCAUGACAUCUACUUCUGCAGUUUUCCCUUUGUGUUUGAUGCUCAGGCCAAGACAGAGCUGCUCCAGACAGACGCCUUUCUUCAGAUGCAGCUGGCAGUUGAGGAGGUCCAAGCCCGUAAUUUCCAGAGCCUGUUCCUGCCCAUUGACCCCGUAAACCCCUACCUGGUGCUGAUCGUGUCCAGGGAGAACCUGGUACAGGACACGCUCAACCAACUCAUGAAACAGGCCAGCGCUGAUCUCAAGAAACCGCUCAAGGUGAUCUUUAUUGGGGAAGAAGCAAUAGAUGCAGGUGGUCUGAAAAAGGAAUUCUUCCUUCUGAUCAUCAAAGAGGUGAUGGACCCCAAGUUUGGUAUGUUCCGCCAUUACGAGGAGACCCAGUCAGUCUGGUUCCACGACAGGUCGUUUGAAGAGAGUUCCAUGUUCUUCCUGAUUGGAGUUCUCUGUGGUCUCGCCAUCUACAACUCCACCAUUAUAGACCUGCCCUUCCCACUCGCACUGUACAAGAAACUGCUGAAAAGGAAUGUGACCCUGGAUGACCUGAAACAGAUGCAGCCUGAUGUGGGCAGUGGUUUAGAACAGCUGCUGGGGUAUAAUGGAGAUGACUUCGAGGAUGUCUUCUGUUUGAACUUCACAAUUGCAUGUGAAUACUACGGCAGCAUUGAGACGGUGGAACUGGUCAAGAAUGGCAACAACAUUUCUGUCACCAAGGAAAACAGGGAAGAGUAUGUGAACGCCUAUGUGGAGCAUGUACUGAACAAGUCAGUGGAGAAUCAGUUUGAUGCCUUUGGGACUGGCUUCCACAAAGUGUGUGGAGGAAAAGUACUGGAACUGUUCCACCCCAAAGAGCUGAUGGCCAUGGUGUGUGGAAACGAGAACUAUGACUGGGCAGAACUGGAGAAGAAUGUGGAGUACAAGGGAGUCUACCACAAGAACCACCCCACCAUACACAUGUUCUGGGAUGUCUUCCACCACAUGACACUGGAGGAGAAAAAGAAGUUCCUCUUGUUCCUGACGGGUUGUGACAAGAUCCCCAUCCUGGGUAUGAAGGCCCUGAAGAUCUACAUCCAGCCUACCAUGGGAGGGGACAGCUUCCUACCCGCAGCUCAUACCUGCUUUAACCUGCUGGACUUACCCAUGUACACAAGUAGGGAGGUCCUCAGAAUCAAACUCACACAGGCCAUAGAGAACACAUCAGGGUUCGGUCUGGUGUAGACAGCUCUUUUUCUGUUGUUGUAAUAGUUCUGUUUUUGUACUCCAGUUCUUGUUUAUAGUUGCUCAUACCUGCUUUAACCUGCUGGACUUACCCAUGUACACGAGUAGGGAGGUCCUCAGAAUCAAGCUCACGUAGGCCAUAGAAAACACUAAGUGUUUUCUUCUUCAAGCUUCAAUCUGGUGUAGACAACUUGGUUUUUUGUUGUUUUUUUGUUGUUGUUGUUGUUCUGUUUUUGUAGUCCCAGUUAUUGUUUAUAGCUGUUGUUUUUUCUAGGCAUCUGUGAUGACAUGCAGUCAUUUUUGUAGGAUCACAUACGUUGUACUCUGAGCAAGAUGGUUGCAUACAAUAUUGCCUAGUGGCAACAUCUUUUGCAUAGAGACUGCUCUGCUUGCAUUGAUUAUCAAAAUCCUAUCGAAAUAUGAUGUCAUAUAAUAUAAAUGAUCACUGUACAUUGCACAUGAGAGAGGUCAACGCACUUACCAUCAUAUUGUUUGUAGCCAAGUUAUUUUCACCCUUGUUCCCAUCAGUAGAAGAAAGGAACAUGACUGUUAUACUUGACAUCACAUAUUGUGAUUUUCACAUUGUUCAGAAUUCUAGACAGUUUGUUUGGUAGCAAAAAUGUUUUGAAUAGCAGUGACGAUGGCGUGAUAGAUGUGAUUUUUAAAGUUUUGAGAGAUGGUGCAAAUUGUCAAUUCCUGACAAUGGUGUUUUGAGAAGGCCUGACAGUGGUAUAUGCAUUAAAGGGUUAUGAUCAGAGAUAUGUAGCUGGAGCUCUGCUAGAGUGUAAGCUCUUUACUUAGUCUUUAAACAGUUGGUUAUGAUUGAUAAAUGUUUAGAUUCCUUACAACGGCAGUAGUGAAAAUAGGACCUGGUGAUUAUGAAGCACAAAAGAAAGUGUUCAGACUGAAAUGUAUGUGUAUAAGGGAGAAUGGCACUGGAAUACAUGUAGUUUACAGAUGGUUAAAGCAUGUACAUGUAGACUAAGUGCUAAUAUUUUGAUCCACAGUUUCUGAACUAGGGUUGGUUACAGACUGCAGUUGUUUGUAGACCAAAGACUGUUGCCCCUUGUGAUCUAUUUUGCACUGAAUAAAGUUUGCAGGGGCAAGCACAUGUUCAUACAGGUGUUGUUGCAGGCUGUCUUUUUUCAUAAAUUGGCAGA